AUGCAGCCGUUCACCUUGGUCGGUGCUCUUUUCCUCGUGCUCCACAUCUCCUCUGGUAGUGCAGAAGCCCAAAGGCACUACCGACAAGUCCUUACUGGAAACCAACCAGGUGUGUGUCGCUAUGGCAGGAGGCUGGAGUGCUGCUAUGGCUGGAAGAAAAACAGUAAAGGACAGUGUGAGGCUCAGUGUGACCACGGCUGCAAGCACGGGGAGUGUGUUGGCCCCAACAAAUGCAAGUGUUUUCCAGGAUACACCGGAAAGACUUGCAAUCAAGAUCUGAAUGAGUGUGGCCUGAAACCUCGUCCCUGUGAGCAUCGCUGCAUGAACACCUAUGGAAGUUACAAGUGCUACUGCCUCAAUGGCUACACCUUAAUGCCUGAUGGAUCUUGUGCAAAUUCCAGGACAUGCUCUAUUGCUCAUUGUCAGUAUGGUUGUGAAGAAGUUCAGGGGGAGAUUCGCUGCCUCUGCCCAUCUGCAGGGCUGCAACUGGGCCAAGAUGAGAGGACAUGUGUAGAUAUUGAUGAAUGUGUAACUGGGAAGAACCUCUGCCCAUACAACCGACAAUGUGUGAACACCUUCGGCAGUUACUUCUGCAAGUGCCAGGACGGCUUUGACCUGAAAUAUGUUGACGGCAAAUAUGACUGUGUAGACAGUGAUGAGUGCGCAGCCGGCACCCACAAGUGCAGCCACCACGCUGUCUGCGUGAACACUCAAGGAUCCUACAAGUGCAGGUGCAAGUCUGGAUUCAGGGGCAAUGGCUUUGAAUGCUCUGUCAAGCCAUUUUAUCAGAGGUCGUGGGAUGGAGACAAAGGCAGUGCAGAUGAUUUCCUCAAUGCCAUCCCAGACUCCCUAGUGAGGACCGGUACUCUGGGAGGUAGGCUGGGCAACGAGGACAUCAAAAAUGCUAUCCCUGAACCAGUCGCAACGCCGCCUCCUAAGAGCCGCCAGCAGCCUUUUGACUAUGAUGGAGAGGUCUAUGUUGGCCCCGAGCCUGAGCAGAGACCGGAGGAUGUAUUUCCUGAGGAAGAAGAGGAGGAGGAAGAGGAGGAAGAGGAAGACAACCAGCUCAAUCCAAGAGGAGAUGUUUUCAUAUCGGAGGACUUUGAAUCAGUGUUCGGCCCGGCCACAGAAGUCAAAGAAAUUGAAAUUACACCAGUUCAGGAAGAGUUUAUCAUGGAUUGCAACUUUGAUCAGGGAGCAUGUGAGUGGGUCCAAGACAAGACUGAUGACAUGGACUGGAGCGUGGCCUACCAUAAUGAUGCGGAGUACUACAUGGCCAUGAGUGGGCUCCUGGGGGACCCAGGGAAUAUAGCCAAGCUGAAGUUGCUUCUCAGUGACCGCGCCCAGCAGGGCAGCUUCUGCCUCACCUUUGACUACCGUGUGGUGGGCCCUAAUGUGGGAACUCUCAGGGUGCUGCUGGAUAACAUUUCUUACCCAGUAUGGGAGCAGAGCCAAAGCAGAGACCAGGGUUGGCAGACAGAGCUCCUCACUGUGGCCUGGAAAGAGGAGGCACCAGAAUCUAUAAUCUUUGAAGCUCAGCAUGGCAAAGAGACUGGAGGAGAGAUUGGGCUGGACAAUGUCGUGCUGACCUCAGGGCCAUGUCAAGAUGAUGUCAGUCCAUUCGUUUAAGAAGAACCCCCCCCCCCAGAUUUACAAUUUGAAAAUCUGCUCUAACUGACACAUGUCAAAGCUUCCUGUUUCCUGUCCA